AGAAGAACUUCAGGAACAAUGCCUUCAAAAGUCUCGUGUUUAUAUGUCUUGACAGUUGUAUGUUGGGCAAGUGCUUUGUGGUACUUAAGCAUAACACGUCCCACUUCCUCCUACACUUCAUCUUACAGUGUUCACAAAACGUACGACAGCAUCGCAAUGGCUCGAAAAAAUGUUUCCUUUGGGAACAUAAGGACUCGACCAAUAAACCCUCAUUCAUUUGAUUUUCUCAUAAAUGAACCAGAGAAGUGUGAGAAGAAUGUUCCCUUUUUGGUUAUUCUGAUCAGCACAACACACAAAGAGUUUGAUGCUCGACAAGCCAUCCGGGAGACCUGGGGAGAUGAGAACAACUUCAAAGGCAUUAAGAUUUCCACUCUUUUUCUUCUGGGGAAAAACACAGACUCUGUAUUAAACCAGAUGGUUGAGCAAGAAAGUCAAAUUUUUCAUGACAUCAUUGUGGAAGAUUUCAUUGACUCAUAUCAUAACCUGACCCUGAAAACAUUAAUGGGAAUGAAGUGGGUGGCUACAUUUUGUUCAAAAGCCAAGUAUAUCAUGAAAACAGACAGCGACAUUUUUGUAAAUAUGGACAACCUUAUUUACAAGUUGCUAAAACCGAACACCAAACCAAGACGAAGGUACUUUACUGGCUAUGUCAUCAAUGGAGGCCCCAUCAGGGAUGUCCGGAGCAAAUGGUACAUGCCUAGGGACUUGUAUCCUGACAGCAACUAUCCGCCAUUUUGCUCAGGCACAGGCUAUAUUUUUUCUGCUGAUGUAGCAGAGAUGAUUUACAAAACUUCCCUCCAUACUAGACUCCUUCAUCUUGAGGACGUCUAUGUGGGACUCUGUCUGCGGAAGCUUGGCAUCCAUCCUUUCCAAAACAGUGGCUUCAAUCACUGGAAGAUGGCCUACAGCCUGUGCAGAUAUCGGCGUGUUAUUACGGUACAUCAGAUAUCCCCUGAGGAAAUGCACAGGAUUUGGAAUGAUAUGUCCAGCAAGAAGCAUCUCAGAUGUUAA